AAAACUAGACUCAUAAAAUUAUCAAUGGAGUUUAAUCAUAUUUUUGGAUUUCUCUCAAUUCUCAAAGAAUCCCUUCAAUUAAUUCCAAAAAAUGGAAAACUAUUUGCAUUAACAUGUUUUCUUAAUAUUCUAUUUUCUUCCACCCUUUUAUCAAUUUUGAAUUUUGAACUUAAAUUCUUGUUCCAUGAUAUUAUUUUAAAGGCAUCAAUUUUAUCUACUUCAAUUGAUGAUACCUUUAAAGUCAUGAAAAUUUUUGCUGAUAUUAAGGAGGAUUUUAGAAUUAUUCUAAUUAUAUAUGUUGCAAUUAUCAUUAGUCUAUCUUUAAUCUCUUUUCUAUACAUAAUUGCAACAAUUAUAUUAUCAUAUAAUAUCAAUAUUUCUCUCAAAGAACUUGUUUUAAAAAUCUCAAAGGCAUUUAAAUAUGCAUUUAUAACUAGAUUAUACACAAACAUGUUAGGUAUUGGUUACUUUUUUAUUGUUUUGUUUUUAUUAAGUCCUAUUUUUGUUUCAUCUAGCAAUAUUUUCCUUUUCUCUAUAGGAAUUUUUGUUGGAAUAAUAUCUUUCCUAUUUUUUCUAUAUUUAUCAAUUGUUUGGAUAUUGGCUUUAGUUAUUUCAGUAAUUGAAGAAGAUUGUUAUGGAAUUAAAGCCAUAGCUAAAGGUGGAAGACUCAUUAAGGGGAAUAGAUUAAAUGGAUUUAUGUUAAAUAUUUCAUUUUCUAUAAUUUCAUCAUCCUUGUUCCUAUGUUUUAUGAAGAUUAAUAAACCAAAUAAAGGGGUAAUUAACCAGAUAAUUAUGUCUAUAUUUCUGGUAAUUAUUUCUUCUUUGUUUAAUUUAUUGUUAUUAGUGGCAUAUACUGUGUUAUACUCUCAUUGCAAGAAGAACCAUGGAGAAGAGGAAGUUGAAUUGGAUGGGAGUUUUGAGUAUAGCAAAGUAUAAAAGAGGAAAAUUCGUAAUUACAGUUCGGUUCGAGUUUUAGGAAUGAAGACAUCUUUGUUUGGGAUCGUAUCGAGCAAUUUCCUCUCAUACUGCACCAAUAAGCAUUAGUCAAUGAAGUGGAUUUCAGAUAUCAGAUGGUUAUAUAUAAUUUGUAUAUCAUUUUCUUAGUAGUGCUUGAUGCAUAUCAAUUUUGCUCUCUUUUGUCUUUUUCUUUUUAUGUAUUGUGUUGGGAUAAAUGUUGUUAUAACAAUUACUCUCUUGUUCAAAUUA